AUGGCCCCGAGCUCCAGCCCGAACGGCUCUGAGCCCCUGGGGGCUGGGGCCAGAGAGUGCCUGGGGUACCUGACUGCUCAGAACCGGUCGGCCCGGAACAGCAUGGCGGGGGCCCACGUGACCCAGCCAGACCCCCAGCAUCUCCUGAUCAGCGCCCAGCAGCAGGAGCCCGCCUACGUGGCCAUCCCCGUCACCGUCUUCUACAGCCUGCUCUUCGUCUUCGGGCUCCUGGCCAACGGGCUGAGCGUGCUGACGCUGCUGCGGAGCGGGCGCAUGAGGGCAAGCGCCGUGCGCUUCUACCUGCUGAGCCUGGCCACAGCCGACGUGCUGAUGCUGCUCACCGUGCCGGUGACCCUGUACCGCUACUUCUGGCAGUACUACCCCUGGGUGCUGAGCGACGCCGUCUGCAAACUCUACUUCAUGGCCCGCCAGCUGUGCUGCGCCACCACCAGCUGGACCAUCGUCGCCUUCACCACGGAGCGCUACGUGGCCAUCUGCCACCCCCUGUGGGCCAUCACCGGCCUGCGGCAGUCGCGCAUGGCCCACCUGCUGGCGCUCAUUUGGCUGCUGGCCCUCGUGAGCUCGGCGCCCCUCACCGUGGUCUACGGGCAGGCGUCGGCCUGCAUCCUGGACUACACCUCCACCCGCCGGGAGAAGAGUGUCUUCCUCUCCACCGUCUGCGAGAUGCUGGAGCCCGAGCCCUACGCCAUCUACAAGAGCAUCAUCGAAGCGCGCAGUCUCCUCUGCUUCCUGCUCCCCCUGGCUGCCAUCAUCACCUUCCACCUCCUCAUCUUCCGCCACCUCAGCCAGACCCGCCGGCAGCGGGAGGAGAUGGGGCUGACCCAGCCCUGCUCAGGGGGCUUCUCCGUGCAGGUCAACCAGCCCCCCGGGAGCAUGCCUCCGGCAGAGAGGAAGGCCCGGCACCUCAUGGGUGCUGUGGUGGCUGCGUUUUUCUUUUGCAACUUCCCCGACACGGCGUCAUCCCUGAUGCACAUUUACAUUCACAGCUGGAGCACCAGCAUCCUGGUGCUCUACACCUGGCUGAAGACCUACCUCUCACUGCCUCUCUGGUACCUCAACAGUGCCCUGGACCCCCUCCUCUUCUGCAUCUCCUCAGCCUCCUUCCGCACCGCCUGCCGCGAAAGUCUCCCCCCACUCCUGCCCUGGAUCAGCAAGAAACUGCAAGGCUCCUGUGCCAGGUCGGGAGGGCAAGCGCCCAGGGCUGGAAGAUCUUUGUGGACCUUAAAUUCCACCAAAGGGGAGCCAAGCAAAUCCUCCAGAGACUCUCAGCCCAGUGAGCCACAGCUCCUCUCCUGUGGGAAGAGAGCGGGCCCAUGAGCCUCACCCGGCGCAAACCCAGCCUGUGCACAACAGAAAAAGCCGUGCACUAUUCACAAUGUCCUGGCACAAUCGUGUGAGAGACAGCCUGGGGCACAUGCAUUCGUGCUUGCACACUUUCCCCUCCCUGUGGGUGCUAGGGGACCAAGUGGAGGCUUACUGCAGCAGGGAUUGCAGCUGGUGUAACAGCUGACUAGCUAGCAGUUCCGCUGUUCAGUUGUUGCUCUUGUGUGGAAAUCCGUUGCUGAGUUGUUUGUGGCGUGUUUGCUGUGGUGAGGCGCUUCGGUCACUAUUGUGGUGCAUGGCUCAGUCUGUGUGGCACAGUGUAGGCUUUGUACCUGCUUGAAGUCUAGUUGUGUAUUCUCUUGGUGCUGGGCGGGCUAAUAUUUUGGAGGGCCUUUGCAACAGGAGAAAGGAACAGACUUUGUGGAGGGCUAGGGCUCCCUCCCUCCUUCUCCAGUUAGGGUGUCCCCCAACCUCAGUUUGAUCAGGUUUCCUUCGUUCCAAGAACGGAUGCAAGAUACGGAUACGAAUCCCAAAAUCCUUUGGGACAUGGAGUCAACUCCACAAAAUAGCACAGAAUCCCAGAGCAAACCCUGAGCUCCUUACGCUGCUACCUCCCAGUCCUUACUCAGACACAACUCCCACUGGAGCCUGGAGCCGGUAUUUCCAUGUAGGAGAGAAUGGAUCCCGAAGCCAAAACCCCGGCUACACAAUGACAA